AUGUUCCGCGUAUACAGCUACACCCCCUCGGAGGGCCCUGCGGGCUCGUCCAUCAUCGUCAACGUCCACUUCAAUCUCCCCAGCGCCGAUACCACCUUUCUUCGGAUCGUGGUCGGCCACCGCGCCCUCAGCACCACCGUACGGCAGGCUCAGGACCGUCGAUUCGGCGAGUGGGAGCUCGAGGCGAUGAUCCCAGAGCUCGAGACUGCGUCCUUGGGGCCAUCAUCGCCCUCGACAGUGGUGCCACUCACGGUCCAGGCCCUCAACGGCACCAACGAGACCCUCGACUCGGUCACCUUUGGAAAAUUCACGUAUUCCCAUCAUCGCGUCGCCGCGUCCCCAUCCAUGCUCUGCAAGGAGGAGAUCGUGGACACCUACAACUUCGCUUCGGCAUCUCCAUCCCCCAGUCCACUAAACGCCCGUCCAGUUGGCCCCGCGGCGCCGGUUGCUACGCGCAAGUCCUCGCGCCCCACGCCAGGCAGUGGCACCGCCCGUGCACGCGCUCUCAACGCGACGAUGGCCUCGAAGGACGCGCAAUCAGCGCGUGGUCAGCUCAAGAAACAGUCCCUGAUCCGCGCGCGGCGGUCGGGUUCCGAUGACGACGACGCCGACAGCGCAUUCCGUGCUGUCCUGCGGCUGGAGACACCUCUGGACACGGUGGCCGAUCCGCACGACUGGGAUCCUGAGGAGAGGCGCAUCGGCCGGCGCCUCGUGCGCUUCUCUCGCGUCCAGGAGGGCUGCGUGCUACGGGUCACUUGCGAGGCGAUCCUCCCGUCGGAGUAUGCCGACGGGGACACCGUCGUGUCGUGCAUCUACCGCCCCGCGGAUGCCACGGGUGCGGGCGAUCCGCCCGUCUCCAAGUGCUGCAUUACGUCCGUUGACAUCAUCUUCCUGCUUGAAUGUCUCGUUGGCGACAUCUUCAACAUCGAAGAGAAGAACCGGAUCCGCCGGAACCUCGAGGGCUUCCGUCCGAAGACGGUGUCGAAGAAUAAGGUGGGGACGGAGGAGUUCUUCCAGAAGAUCAUGGACUUCCCUGCGCCGAAGCCCCGGAACAUUGAGAAGGACGUGAAGGUGUUUGACUGGGCGGUGCUUCCCCAGGCACUCGACAAGAUCAUUUCGAAAUACACGCUCUACCCGGCGGCAAAGAAGCAGGACGCUGAUGGCUCUUCCUCGGAGGCAUCGACCACCCCCAUGACCAUGUCUCCCGACAUGUCGCAGUCCUCCCUCGCCACGCCGUACUCCCAGUCCUCGUCACCCCAGCCGGGCCACCCGUCGCCGCCGCCCACGGACCAGUCGUACUUCUCCUUCCACCCUCCCAACUACCCGCGGACGCAGUACAUCUCGGGCUCCCUCGACGCUCUCGACAGCUCCUACGUCACCGCUACCUCUCUAUCAUCCGCGGGGGCCUACGACGUCCUUCUCCCAUCACAUACCACGACUCCGACGCCCUCCCCGCUGAUCUCCACGCCCCACGACUCGCCCCACCUCUCGGGUGGCUCAUCGAUGUCCCUCCAGUACCCCUCAACGGCCGAGCAGUACAUCGAGCCCUCGCACUCGCUGUAUCAGUCGUCUCUGAUGGAUCACGAGGCAUAUGGGGGUAACGUCUACGCGAUGGGGCCUGGCGCAUACGACGUAGACUAUCACACCCACGGCCUGAAGAUAUCGCCUGGUCCGGACCUCCACGACGCUCACGCCUACCUGUAA